AUGUCUGCUCCACUAAGUCCACUAAUUCAGCAAAUGGUAUCCUUGAUGGAGGCCCGAACCAACGGCGCAGACCCAGGAACUGGUAUUCUGCCCCGUCUAAACUCUGCCGCUGAUAUGCUGGGAGGAGUUGAUAGAAUCCCCAGGGAGCUAAUCAAUUACGUGCAGGGGAAACAGCUUGCUCUUUUUGGUGAUUAUCCAAGCGGCAAGGAUACUGCACCUUCAGCCAUUUUCAUGGUGGUGUUUUUCUUUAUCUUCCUGGCACACUUGACCCUUUUUGGGAUCAAUUGGAGCAGGGGCCACAAGUUCUUGCUUUCUUUUGGGUUUGCUUUUUAUGCACUACUGAGAGUCGUUGGGUUCGCUCUUAGAGUCGCAUGGAGUAGGGAAAUCACCCGAGUGCAGGUAGGUAUUGCAUCCGAAGUGUUCUUAAUCAUUCCAACGAUUCUGCUGGCCAGUUUCAAUUUGAUUCUAGCUCAAAGACUGUUCACUUGGAGACAUCCGUAUGUGGGGUCUUCGAAGCUUUUUUGGGGAGCUUUAUUGACAGUUUACUCUGUGGUUAUCUCCGUUGUUGUGAUGACCAUCGUUGCUGCCGUUGUUCCAUACGUCUAUCUGCUAUCCCAUAGAAAUUAUGAGAUGAGCAAGAACGUGGUCAAGGUGUCCAGUAUCUUGGUCAUUUUGUAUUCUCUUUUGGCAACUGGUUUGAUAUUAGUGUCUUAUCUUUUCAAACCAACCAAGAGAGAUAAAGGAUGCCUGAUUUACCAGCCAACUUGGUUGGAGUCUUUCAGUCCAACUUAUUUCCCAUUAAAGGACAGUGCCAAACAACAUGAACAGAUCUUUAUCGGUCGUAACGGCGCAGCUGCCUUUGCGUCGACUAGAAUCAUUGCCUCUUCAUAUCACUACAACGCUCAGUCUGACGUACUUCCAGAGCCAACUGCAGAGAAUCUGAAGCUGGAACCAGGUAAUGAGGACAAUCUUGUAAGGUACUCUUCCAGUACAGGACAACUGAAGCACAACUAUUCCAUUAUUAUUGUCACACUUACCACCACGUUCAUCCUCAUUGGAGCCGUCUUCCGUGCCAUCACUUGUUUCCUCGAUAGGACAGUUGAGACCCAAAGCUGGAUAUUUAAACCUGUUGUCAUGUACAUGCUUUGGGGAUUCCUUGAGACAGUCAUCAACGUUAUCUAUUUGCUUGGAAGAAUCGACUUACGUUUCUAUAGACCAGACAGGUUCCCCAAGGACAUGUUGGUCGGUAAUGAGGCUGUCGAGCCUUCCCCAGUGAUCUCAAAUAAGGAAAGAACAUCUUCCAUCUCAGAAAGAACUAGUAAUCCUGAGAUUGUUCGUACUGUGUAA